AUGCGUCCGUCGGUGUUCCAGGGCCUGGAGGUGACCAUCGUAAUCUUCGUGUGUCUGGGGUUGACCAUCAAUGUUCUCGCGUGCUCAAAGAUGACCGUCGUCUUUGUCGUGUGCUUGGGAAUGAUCGUGCACAUGGUGGACCGCAGCCUGGGCCCCCCCAGCUCCCUGGCGAGGUUGGAGGUGACAGCCGUCGGCUUCGGGCGUGCGGAGGUGCCCUUCGUGAUCCAGGGCCUGGACGUGGUAGGGGGCUUCGGCGUGGGCGAUGGCCUGGUGGCGAUCAAGGGCCUGGAGGUGUUCGAGGGCGCUUGA